AUGGCAACACGAACGUCUGUGGCCUUUGCAGUUGCCGUUUCGCUGCAGCAGAGGGCCCCCAGCAAGGCCCUACAACAGCAGGGGCCCCCCGAUCACUGCCAUGCAGGUCCCCUAAGCAGGCUUAUGCUUCUUUCCCUGCUUCUGGUACUAGGCCUCUUUACGUGUGUGGUUCCUGCGGCUGGGCGUGUGGCCUUCCUGUCCCCCUAUGGAGGGGCCCUUUUGGCAAGAAGUUCUGCCUCUGUGGACGCGACGUUUGCCCCUUGGGGGCCCCCCGUUGGUCGCGUUGUCGGACAGCUGCUCUACAAAGGGAGCAACUGCAGCGCAGAUGCACCUGAGGUGCUCUCUUUCCCAUCCCUCGACUUUCGACCCCAGCUUCUUCGCUUGUCCCUCCAAAGGGCCUUGGGGUGGCUCACGCAACAGCUGCCCUCCACAUGGCUAGCGCGCAGGCUGGAGCCUGCUGAGGAAUCCCUCUUAUCUGGCGCAAGAAACGCUCAACCAAGCGAUCCCGCCCUCUUCUCAGGAGGCAUUGCCCUAGCAGGCGAGCCAACACGGGGCGACAGCUGGAGGUGGGCCUUUUCCCACACGUAUGCUCGCAGAAAAGCCUCUCUUAGCUACAUUUUACCCUUGAGUUUUGCUCUGUGGAACGAAGAGCUUCGGGACUGGUCGCAGGGCCUUAGUCCGGGGGAAUCCUUAAAGUCGUCUCCUCGCAGCGAUUCUGCAUCCGGAAAAAACGCGUCUCCUGAAAAAAAACAGCCGCAGCAUCAGCCGUCAGCCCUAGCGGGCACAGGGGAAGAACCAGCCGAAGCAACGGAGGCUACGUGGGCCGCUCAUCUGCGUGGAGCCGAAGGAGCACUCCUGCUUAAUGGGCUGCGCAGGGUGCCCCUCAGUCGUAAGCGGAUUUGGCUGUUUGAUAGCUGCACAGAAGAGGAACUGUUGGGGCUCAUCAAGGCUGCAAAUGCCUCUGGAGCCUCCGCGCUGCUCCUAACAGAUACCACCUUCAAAGACUACUCCUUGCCCCUACUAGGGAAUGUGUUUGCCCCGAAGCCCCUCAUGCCCGUCGCCUCCUUACCUGACUCCCCCCUGCUGCAGCAAAUGAAGAGGCAGGCAGCAGCUGGAGCAGCAGCGGACGAGCCGUUAUUUGUCCUUGUGGACUCAGCCAUUCCUGAGGAAGCAGACUGUGCCGCACAGUGGCUGGCACUGCUCGCUUCCUUGGUUGCACUGCCUCUCUGGGGGGCCCUUGCGUUUCUGUGGCAUGCCGAGUGCAGAAGAGACAACGGGAGAGACAGCACUCCGCUGCACUGGCUCCUAAUGCUGCCUCCCCUGCUAAAGGCUGCCACUACUGCAGUGCAGGUUGCGUACUACUUGCAGUGCCCGACGUGGAAUGCUCCCGCAGUGGAGUACCUGGUUAUGGCCGUCAUGAGCCUUGAGACGCUGUUUCAGACCUUCUUCUUUGCAUCCCUCCUUCUGAUCAGCAAGGGUUACCUCCUCACCAGAGAGACGUUCGGAAGGGGCGAGAGCUUCACCACCACUCUGCUUUUGCGUCUUGAAUAUGUGCAAGGCGCUGGAUUACCAGAGUUUGUGGAUGCUUUGAGGCUGAAGGAAUGGAUGUUUAGGGUCCAUCAGUCAAGCGAGCCGCAUUCCAUCCUGCCGAUGUAUGCGGCCACACCCUUGCUGCCAAAUGGUCGAGCCACCUUCGGGGGGGACGUAGGAGCCUCAGCUGAACAAGAGGAUCCUUUCGCAGGGGAUCGGCCUAUCCUCAUUCUAAAUCCUUCCGCCUCAGAGACUCUCGAGUCUCCCUUCAGGGGCCUUGCUCUGGCCACUCUCGUCUCGCAACAGCCAACCAAUGAUGGUGCGCAUACAAUCACUGCAAAACGCUUGCUUGUGCCAACUCACCGUGGCUACACGUACGGGGCAAAGCUGAAGUGGCAGGCGAGUAGGGCGGCACUUUCAAAGUGUACUGAACUUACACAUUCGAUCUUCAGUCCCACCUGCACGCGUUUCGAGCCACCUUUUCAGCGAUGGACUGUUCUUUACAAUGAUUACACACCUGAUGCUCCUGAAGGGGGUGCCUAA